UGUCCCAUCCCAAGCCCCCGGAGCGCUCCAGAGAGAACAGGACCAUGUCCCGGGCUGGGAACCGAGGCAAUACUCAGGCGAGAUGGCUGGGCACUGGGCUUUUGGGUCUCUUCCUGCUCCCCAUGUACCUGUCGUUGGAGGUAUCUGUGGGAAAGGCCACCACCAUCUACGCUAUCAACGGCUCAGCGAUCCUGCUGCCUUGCACCUUCUCCAGCUGUUAUGGUUUUGAGAACCUCUACUUCAGGUGGUCCUACAAUAACAGCGAAACAUCCAGGAUUCUCAUCGACGGGAUCGUGAAGAACGAUAAGUCUGACCCUAAGGUGAGAGUGAAGGACGAUGACCGAAUCACCCUGGAGGGCUCCACUAAGGAGAAGACAAAUAACAUCUCCAUCCUUCUGAGUGACCUGGAGUUCAGUGACACGGGCAAAUACACCUGCUUCGUGAGGAACCCCAAGGAGAAGGACCUGAACAACUCUGCCACCAUCUUCCUCCAAGUGGUUGAUAAAUUGGAAGAAGUGGACAACACGGUGACUCUCAUCAUCCUGGCUGUGGUGGGUGGGGUCAUUGGACUUCUCGUCUGCAUCCUGCUGCUGAAGAAGCUCAUCACCUUCAUCCUGAAGAAGACCCGAGAGAAGAAGAAGGAGUGUCUCGUGAGUUCCUCUGGGAACGACAACACAGAGAACGGGCUGCCUGGCUCCAAAGCGGAAGAAAAGCCACCCACCAAAGUGUGA